CUCGAUCCCGUCACGUCUCUUCUCCCGAAACGCACCGCCUCCGUCUUCCCCUCUCAUCGUCUUCCCCCCGUGCGUCCGAUUCCCCUUCCCAACCAGACGAGCCGCAGUCCACCGCAAGUCACCUCCUCCUCCCGCGAAACCGCCGCCCCCGCCUCCUCCUCACGCAACCCGCCCUUCGUCGCGCCGGCGCGCCGGCGCCCGCCGGUGCCCAUCAGGUCAUUUCCUGUGGCAUGGCAAGGAUUCCAAUUGGCAUUGGCUUUCCUUUUCAUGAAUGAUGUCCUUCCCUUCGAAGGACACAAAUUCACAAACAUUAUUUAAGUGGCCUUGGAGAAGAGAAUCACCAUUAUCAGCACAACUGCUCAUUGAUAUUCCACCUGAAAUUGAGUUGUCAGACUACCGAAGAUUGCCAAGUUCUGGAAGUGAGAGCCCGUCUGGACUUCUCCAUGGUGAAGGCGUCAAGGAAGAACCGAUCCCUGACCUGGAUAUUUUCUUCGAAAGGCUUUAUGAAUAUUUCUGCGCAAAAGGACUGAGGUGUAUUGUUACCAAAUGGAUAAUCGAGAUCCUUAAUGUACUGUUUACGGUGUGCUGUAUUGGCUUCUUCUUUUUAUAUGUUGAUUGGAAUGCCAUUGGCCACUUGAAAUGUGGUGUGGAGGCACUUGAGUCUGGAGAAAAACCAUGUGAUCUGAUGGCAGCCAUCAAGCAUAAUCCAUUAGUACCCUUUACAUUUCCUAAAAUGGUCACUGUUGGAUCAAUGAUUAUAUUGGUAACAUAUGGACUUAUCAACUUCCUCAAGUUCUUUGUACAACUGAAAAGUACACUGAAUGCACGUGACUUCUACUAUAAUAGCCUUAAGAUUACAGAUCUUGAGAUCCAGACGAUAUCAUGGCCCAGAAUAAUCGAGAAGGUUGUCCUGCUACAAAAGUCUAAAAAACUCUGUGUUGUUAGGGAUCUCUCGGAGCAUGAUAUUAUCAUGAGAAUAAUGAGGAAAGAAAAUUACUUGAUAGGGAUGGUGAAUAAAGGCAUUAUCUCAUUUCCAAUUCGUCCUUGGCUUCCUGGUGCUGGCCCAACUGUCAAAUCUCAUGUACAUGACAGGAGAAAUCAUGUGAUACUUCCAAAAGCCCUAGAAUGGACCUUAAAUUGGUGCAUCUUCCAGAGUAUGUUUGACAGUAAAUUCUGCGUUCGAAAAGAUUUUCUAGCAAGCCCAGCUGCAUUGAAAAAACGACUUGUAUUUGUUGGCAUUGCAAUGUUGAUCCUGUCGCCCUGCCUUGUAAUUUUCCCAUUGGUGUACCUCAUUCUGAGGCAUGCUGAAGAAAUUUAUAAUCAUCCCAGUACAGCAUCAUCCAGAAGAUGGUCAAAUUUAUCAAGGUGGAUUUUCAGGGAGUAUAAUGAGGUAGACCAUUUCUUCAGACAUAGAAUGAACAACAGUGCUGUGCAUUCGUUGAAUUACUUGAAGCAAUUUCCUACGCCACUAAUUUCUAUCAUAGCAAAAUUUGUAUCUUUUGUUUCUGGUGGUUUGGCUGGUGCUCUUAUAAUUAUGGGAUUUCUGGGCGAAUCCAUCCUUGAGGGUCAUAUUUUCGGAAGGAACCUAUUCUGGUAUACUAUUGUUUUUGGAACAAUAGCAGCUAUAAGUCGAAAAGUAGUGGCUGAUGAGCUUCAAGUAAUUGACCCAGAAGGUGCUAUGUGCCUCGUUGUCCAGCAAACCCAUUACAUGCCGAAGCGGUGGCGUGGUAAAGAGAGCAAUGAACUGGUUCGGAAAGAAUUUGAAACACUAUUUCAGUAUACCAUAGUAAUGCUAUUAGAAGAGAUGGCGUCCAUUUUCAUCACUCCUUACUUGCUCAUUUUUGAGGUACCAAAGCGUGUUGAUGACAUUCUGCACUUCAUAUCGGACUUCACAAUUUAUGUAGAUGGAGUGGGAGAUGUAUGCAGUUUAAGCAUGUUUGACUUCAGAAGACACGGCAAUAGAAACUAUGGUUCUCCAUUUGAUGCACCUAAAAACCUGAGGAGCUCCCAAGGGAAAAUGGAGAAAUCAUUCUUAAGUUUUCAGAGUGUUUAUCCAUCAUUGGCAUCAAAUGCAGAGGGCAAACAAUUCUUACAUAACCUACAGAAGUUCAAGGAAAGACAAAUACGUCAACAAGCUGUUGCGCAGUAUCAGGCAAUGGAAGCAUCAGGCUUUGUGGAUAGCACAGGUCAAAGGGAUGAUAUCUUCCAUCAACUACUCCCAAGUAUUAUCCGUAACCAUGCAGAGGCCUUCCCACCUGCUGGUUAUAACUUAGAUCCCUUGGGAUUGCUGGACUCAGAUCAAAGAAUUCAUCCAUAUAUUCUGGAUUGGUAUUACAUGCGUCAUUCACCACACUUGGAUAGAGUUGAAGCUCCCCAUUUUGACGAAGCAUCCCUUGAGGCUGGUCAGAACGCAAGUCAGCUAGCAAGGGAAACAUCUGAGAUUGAAGAAGAUGAAGAUUAUUACUCUGAUCUGUACGGAAGGGUUCAGAGUCAUAUGGAAGCAUCUACAUCAAGCACUUUGUUCCGGCAUGCUCCUACAAAGCACAACGGUAACGAAGACAGUUCCACAGGCAACUGGUGGAACCAGGCCCCUGCAUCUUCCCAUGAUCCGCAAGGCAGUUUUCUCGAGCCUCCAGCAUUUGGAUAUCAUAAUAUGGCAGACAAAAGUCAUUCCAGCCAUCACAGUGAUGAUAUAUCAGAGGGAAGCGAGGGAGAUCUGGAGCAGGGCGACAACAGAAGCAGCAGCACCAGGAGCUGGAGAAAUCCCCAAGCCUUGUCCAAGACGAGGUAUAUGGACGACUCCUACAUCGAGGAUGGGCUGGGUCUUCAUUUCACCGAUGAACGACCUGGAGUAGCAGCUGAUGCCUAUGACAGCAUGCCGGCUGGCCUUCCCGUAAGGAUAAUACCUCGAAGCAGUGACCCAGUGUAGGCUCGAAAAAGGAAAAAAAACUGACAAAAAAUAGUUGAUGCUUGCUCGUGCGCUGUCGUAACCGGUUGUGUGAACCACGCCUUCGUACCUUCAUGAUAAGCUGGCAAAUGGCCACAAAUUCUUUUGUACAUACCUACUACAGAUCGGUUACGGCCCUGUAUAUAUAAUGCCCUUGUCCAGCCCCGCUUUAGUGGGUUGGGGAAGAACCAUUCUUUCA